AUGGAAAUUGGAGAAUAUGAAGAAACAAUUGGAACAUGCUUUGUUUUCUCCGAAAAUGAAGCUGCCCCUGAGGUUCAUGAAGUAACAGGACCAUCAGAGGAAAACCUCUUUGCUGGCAAACGUAUAGUAGAUUCAGAUCAAACUCCUAGAAAGCAAUUGGAACCAGUUGCUCACCUGCAUAAGAUUCUUAAGUUCAGAAUAUUUGUUGAUGAUGAUGAUGUUCAAGGUGCGACUCCUGAACCAAGAAUUGAAAUUGAAGAAGGGAAAACUUCAAACCCUACUCAAUGAUAUUUAACAUGCAUUCUUCCUAGCGAAUAGAAAGUAGUUGACUAGAUUCAAGCAUAUUCAUGCUCAGAAGUUGCACAGUAAUUUUGACAAUUAACAUGAUAUAUCCCAUAGUAACUAGGUUUUGUGUGCUGCAAUCACUCACUCUCUAUGGUAUAUAUAACUCUAGUCUAAGAUAGGAGGUUUCUGCUGUAUAGCUGAUUGUCCAUGCAGAUCUUUUUAGUCAGUUGUGAACCUCAAUGUCUACGAUAUUGCCAUGAGUUGAACGUUAUUGAAAUCCACAUGUAAAGUUUUAUGAGUUGGAAAUUUGUGUACUAUG